AUGGCUGAAGGAAUUCUCCUCCAACUUGCUGGGGAGAUCUUGACAAAACUGAUCUCCUUACUUUCUGAAGAAUAUGGAAUGCUAAGCGGACUCAAGGAUGAUCUUGACCAACUCAAGAGCACUGUUUCAAUGAUUCAGAGUACACUUAUCGAUGCGCAAAACUUGCCAACUGGAUUAGACUCUGUAGCAACUUGGCUCGAAAAGUUGAGACACGUGCUUCAUGAUGCGGAAGAUUUGGUUGAUGAAUUCUGUGCUGAGCUUCGCCAUCGAGAAGUUAUGACAAGGGAAAAACAUGCAAAAAAGGUCAGGAUUUUCUUCUCUAGCUCUAAUCAACUUGCAUUUAACUAUAAGAUGGCACGUCGAGUAAAAAGAAUUAGGGAGAGGUUAGAUGUUAUUGAUAAGGAAAAAAGUUAUCUUUGGAGUCAUAGCUUUGUUCAGGGGAGACAACAAGAUGUACCUAGUCCAAUUAGAAUGAGAAUGAGCUUGAGUAGGGAAACUCACUCUUCUUUAAAUAAGGAGAGAGUGAUUGGAAGAGAUGAUGAUAAGAGGUACUUAAAGAGCCUUUUACUAGUAGAUGAUAUGAGUCUCAAAGACAAUGUUUCACUCAUUGCAAUUGUUGGAAUGGGUGGAAUAGGGAAGACAACCUUGGCUAAAUCUCUCUAUAACGAUGGGGACGUAUCCAAGCAUUUCGAGAUAAAAAUGUGGAUUUGGGUUUCUAAGCAGUUCGUUGAAAAAAUAGUAGUGAAAAAGAUACUAGAGUCAGCAACCAAAAUCCCUCCUAUUGGACAAGAGUUGGAUACUGUACAAAGUCAGCUCCAAGAUGUGAUUGGAGGUAAGAAGUAUUUGUUGGUUAUGGAUGAAAUAAUGAAUGAAAGUGAAGAUGAAUGGAAGAAAUUGAAAGAUUUGUUAGUGGUUGGGAAGAGAGGGAGUAAGAUUAUAAUAACCAAGCGUGAUCGUAAAGUUGCAUCAGAAAUCGAAGGAAUGACCACGUCAGUGACUUUAAAAGGCUUGUCUGAGGACCGUUCUUGGUCAUUGUUUAGAGAAGUGGCAUUUGAAGGAAACCUCCCAAAUCCAAUAAAUCCAAAGUUGGAACUAAUGGGGAAAGAAAUUUCAAGUAGAUGUGGAGGUGUUCCACUUGCAAUAAGACAUAUGGGACGCUUUUUAUGCUCAAAAAGAUGUGAAGAAGAAUGGAUGUCUUCUCUGAGUGACAAACUUUUGGAAGUCACCCAACAAAACAAUGAUGUGGCAUCCAUAUUAGAAUUGAGCUAUAACGAUCUCCCACUACAUUUGAAGCAAUGUUUUGCCUAUUCAUCCUUGUUCCCCAAAGUACAUAAACUAAAAGUAAAUGAGUUGAUUAGACAAUGGGUUGCUCAAGGUUUUAUCGAAUCAUCAAAGGGAGAGAAAUCCAUGGAAACUAUAGGAAAGAACUACUUUGAUGAAUUAUGUUGGAGGUUUUUUUACGAAAAUUCUAGUGAUGAGAAUAAUUUCGAUGAUUAUGUUUAUAUGCAUGAUGUGAUGUAUGAGCUUGCAAGGAAGGUAGCAGACAAGAAAUUAUAUGUAUGUGGAGAUAUCAAUAAUAAUUAUGUUGUUAGUGAACAAACUCUGCAUUUUUCAUUUGAUUAUAAAAUACAAUCAUGGCAGGACGUUCUGUCCAAAUUGUGCAAGGCUAAAGGAUUAAGAACAUUUAUGUUCUUACAUUCUCCCUAUGAGGAGAAGAAUGAGGUCAAUGAAGCUAAUUUGGAUGAACUAUUUUCAAGUUUUCCACGUUUGCGAGUAUUACUUCUUGGUGGAUCCAAUAUUCAUGUACUGCCAAAUUCUAUAAAGAAGCUUAAACUUCUUCGAUAUCUCGACCUCUCCGAAAACAACAUGAAAUCACUGCCAAAUUCCAUCACUGAAUUGCAAGAUUUGCAAACUUUAAAGCUGACUGGCUGUUAUGCGCUUAAAGAAAUGCCAAGGGAUAUCAACAAGCUUGUAAAUCUCAGACAUCUUGAUUCUCGGUGUUGUUCACAAAUAACUCAUAUGGCGCCGGAAGGGAUGGAGAAGUUAAGUUGUCUACAAACAAUAAGUUUAUUCGUGUUUGAUUGCACAAAGACGAAUAAGCUACGGGAGUUGAAUGAGCUCAAUAAUUUGACAGGAGAGUUGAAAAUCACAGGUUUACAGCAGUUGAGGUCUACUCCAUAUGAAGUCAGUUUAGUAAACCUCAAAGACAAAAAAUGUUUGCGAAGUUUGAAACUGGAAUGGAAAAUGGGACUGUACAAACACGAAGACGAGGCAGAUGAAAGAGUAAUGAAAGGCUUAGAACCAAAUCCAAAUGUUGAAUCCUUGGGCAUUAAAGGGUACAACGGAGUAGGAUUACCCAAGUGGAUGUUCAACUGCCAUUUGAAGUUAACUGAAAUUGAAAUUGUAAGUUGCCAUAGAUUGCAACAUCUACCUCAGUUCCAUCACCUUCAAACUCUCAAGACUCUAUGUCUACGGGACUUAAGAUCUCUCAAGUUCAUAGAUAAGUUUGACAAUCCAUUUUCAUCAUCAAUGUUUUUUCCAUCUCUAAAGUCUCUAUGUUUAGCAAAUAUGGCUAAUUUGGAAGGAUGGUGGGAAUUAAGCCGAGCCGUAGCAGGGGAGACUUCUGAGAACAUUCAAUGGUUGCCUCCAACUUUUCCUGAGCUUGAGAUUCUAGACAUCUACCAAUGUCCAAAGUUAAAUUCUAUGCCCAAGCUACCUUCUUCCACUAAAGCAUAUGUUAGUUUAUGUGAUGUUGGUGUUCAGUUGGUGAUUAGUACAAUAGGUCCAGUAUUGUUGUGUUUGAGAACUCUAAGACUUGAAGAAAUUAAAAAUCUGAAUUGUCUACCAUUUCAGCAAAACAUAAAUCAUUCUUUGGUUAUCUCCUCAACAACGACCUCUCCUAUUCCCCUCAAAUAUCUACAAAUGGAUAAAUGCCUCGAUCUCGUGACUUUACCAGAAUGGAUUUACAUCUUUACUUCUCUUGAAACGCUGAGUAUUUCGAAAUGUCCGAAAUUAAAAUCACUACCAAAGGGAAUGCAACGACUCGAAUCUUUGAAACGUCUUUGCAUAGAGGACUGCCCAAGACUAGAAGAAAGAUGCAAGGAGGGAGGAGAGGAUUGGCCGAACAUUUCACAUGUACCCAACAUUGUUUUCUUCACGUCACAGUCUUCUUCAGCCUGCAGUGUACGUGUAGGAUCUCAGGAGUAACCCGUUUAAUCCUACAAGCAUAGCAGAUUCAAAGAUAAGGAAAAUGAGUAACAGAAAACUUGUUUCCCAAUUGUGACAACUUGUUUUGGGACCAUUUCGGCAUGUGCGAGGACAAACAGAGGAAAAAAAAGAUUUGUACAACGAUAGAGUGUUGGAAAUUCAUGUGAGUGAAAGGAGAGGAAAAACACAAGAGAACAUGGAGCUAUGUGAGUGAAAAUUCUUUGUAUAAACUCAUUCUCUCUGUAAGAAUUAAUGAGGAAGAAAAGUGGUACAAAGUGGACGUAGGCUUAUUAGCUGAACCACUAUAUA